AUGCCUACGUUACUAGCAAUUGUAACAGAGUAUUGUAAUGAUCAGCAAUAUAAGAAAAACUUAAGUUUAACGUUAAAUGAACCUGUUUUUAUAUUAUUCAACUUAAUCAAAAUAGCCAUGCCGCAGAUAUUCCAAGUUUUGAGAUGCUACAAAUGUUUCGUGUUUCAGGUACACCAAACCAAAAAGUCUAAUAAAUGGGAAUGUAAACUUUGUGGCGAAAAGCAGUCUAUAAAAAGGCAUUAUGGUAUAGGAACUGCUAAAGACUGUAGACUACAUGUCCAAAAAUUAAAUACCAUGAGAGGAGAGAUGGUUAAUAAGGAACCCUCAGAAGAUCAAGAUAGCUAUAGUGAUGGUGAAGAUGCAUUAGAAACAGGACAUAAUUGCAGUUCAACAUCAACACAAAGCAUUUGCAAACCCAUAACAAGUAGCAAAUGGUCAAACUAUUUGGAUGAACCAGAAAUUAUUGAAGAACCCCCUAAUGACAGUAUGAACCUGGGUGACGCUAAAGUGGUUUUAGAAAUCCCCAAAAAGCCAAGGAAAGCAGUCAAAAGAAAUAACACUUAUAAUAAAGAUUAUGAGAAUCUUAAGAAAUCAAGUCCACCUCCCAAAAUUGUACCAUUAUCUAGCAGUAGCACUGAAUUAAACACACUGCCGCUUACUUCUAAUUCAGAAAAUUUAAUUUCUCAAAUGGAUUCCAAAAGUAAUAUUAAGCCUAAUACAAAGAAGAAGUUUAUUCCACCUGUAGUCAAUAAAAAUUCUAAGUGGGCUCAAUUUACUGAGAACACUGAAGAAUGUGCAGACACAGAUUAUACAAAUACUUCACAGAAUCUGGAGCUGUCUCAAAACAAUGCCAUGUUCUCAUUAUGUGACGAUUCGGACCUAGAUAAUUUAUUGAACAUUUAAGAAAUUAUUAUAUUUUGUAGGAUGAAAGUUAAAGUAAUAAAGGACAUUGAUUUUCUAAUAAUUUUAUUAUUACAACCAAUACACAUUAUCAUCACAAUGGCAACAGUUUAAUAUCACUUUUAUUAAUGUCUACUAGAUAAAUAGCGAGUACUACAGGCAUACAUUGUAACUUCUACAACAAACUUCAAUGAUAAAAUCCCACAGACCGGGAUCAUUCCAUACACAAAGUCAGUAAAUAUCUUGCUAAUCUUUCACAAGAAAACAGUACCAUCACAAAUAUGAAAUACUCAUGGUAUGGUCACUGCUUGAAGCUAAGUUUAACAAUAAUGUUACAUUGAUAAUAUGUAAUUGCUGAAUAUGAGUUAAAGCUAAAUGUACACAGACUCUUAAAAAGACAGACCUUAUCCAGUUUAUUGUACACUAACUUGCAAAAACAUCAUUCUUAUUGCUAUUUGUUCAUAGGUUUGUAAAAACUUAAAUACAUUAUAGUGGUCUAACUGUAAAACAUUUUGAUUGUGUUAGGCAGUGAAAUAUUUCAGAAAAAAAUGUGUUUAUAGAAUAUUGGGACUAAGUUUUGAAUAAAAAUAUUCAUAACAAUAAUUUUGAGACAGAAAACAGCCACAUACUAGUACAAUAGAAUACAUAGUUAUAGGAAGCCCUACUGCUUUUCGAUGUGUAAGAAUAUCCUAGAAUAAAUACCAUAUACCUAAUAUAUGAUGUAUAGUCACUUAGAAAUAUAUGAAAUCAGACUGUUUAAAUCUUUACAUUUUGUGAUUUUGAUGUGUGUGUAGAUAAAUAAUCUCCAUAACUCGUAUUUUGCUUACAUCUAUUACAAUAUUUUUCAAAGAGUUGAUAGCUUUAUUCACAGAAGAAAACUGAGAAAAGUCGUCUCGACAACCUACUGUUUCCGUCCUUAAAUUAAUAUCAAACUAUCGUUAUUGCUCCCGCCCCGUGCUGCCUGCCAAAGUUCUCUUUAGAAAAAAGCAGCUCGUGUCUGCUCUUCACAAUAUUUUCCAAAGAAUAUAUUAGCGCUAGACUAGUAUGGCGCCAUGUGCCUGCGUCUGUGUAGUUCUCUCGCUCGUGCGUAUCUUCGACCGUAUGUCCAUCGCCAAGCCCUG